AUGGAUCGCCAAGUUGCACACAAGGGUGACAGCAAUCGAAAUGCCGGCCGCACGGAAUGGCAACAACUCGACGAUGCAACAUUGCACAGACUAAACGAAGAGUCUCGCCCUGAAAUCGCACCUCACACAUGCAGUUUCUGUCAGAAGCUAUGCAUUGAUGCGAACCGCAACGGAGCACACCUCAUGAGCUUCGAGAACGGCAAAGAAACAGCAGUCACCUUGGCUGAGUGUGUCCGCGCAGCUCGCAACGAUUGUGUAUUCUGUGUCUAUUUAUUGGCUCUUGAUGGAGACCUUCGCGGGCUGUCCUUGGAAACUGUUGCCGAACUUGUCGCGAUAAGCAAAUCCAGGCCCAUCUUGUGCGCCCCAAAUUUCGAUAAAGCAGACGACGGUCCCUACCUCUACGUAACCCGUAACUUAUGGACCGACCAGGGGGAUUACCAACCAUACAUACGUAAAUUUCAGCUGUACACAGCCCCAAAGGCAUUGCGCUCGCAUUCUAAGCUGGCCAGUGGGAAUAUGCAUACGGAGCAGCUGCUGAAUGGCUUCCUACCCCCGAAUCUCCUUCCGGACUCUUAUCUAUCAGAGCGAAGGGCUCGCAGAUGGUUAGCCCAGUGCGAACAUUCUCAUUCUCGGUGUCGAGCACGUCAAGGAACGUUUAGGCCGAAGAGGCUGUUAGAAAUAUCUCGUGACGGCCAGGUGGUGCGACUCCAACAUGACCACGCCACUUCGACUCGCUAUGUCACUCUAAGCUACUGCUGGGGCGGAAACUAUCCGGGCAAAGCCACCAAGGCUAAUAUACACGCUCUCAGGCACUUUUUCAACGCGGAAGACCUGCCUGCAAGCAUUCGAGAUGGAGUAAAGAUGGCUUCCAAGCUCGGUUUCCAUUUCAUCUGGGUCGACGCUCUUUGCAUUGUGCAAGAUGAUGAUCAGGAUAUCAGCGAGCAAAUUGCACAGAUCCAUAAAAUCUAUACCAGCUCCACCCUUACUAUCGCAGCAUCGAGUGCCUUGAACAGUUGGGAAGGGUUUCUGCAUGCUCGAACCGCAUGGAGACCAUCGCUCGUGAACUUUCGGUCUUACUCCGGGGAGCUUGUCCCAGUACUUGCAGUUCCAACAGAGGUGGACCGCGACCGAUUCAUCAACACCAAUCCUCUCUUCACAAGAGCCUGGGCAUAUCAGGAGAUCCAAGUUACCACGAGAGUUCUGUCUUUCGGCUCGCGAAACACUGCCUUCUUCUGCCGGGAGUCAGAACACAUGGAUGGAGGCAGUUACAAACUGGAUUUCGGCAACUACCUCAAACAGGGAGUCUCGGCCUCGGGGUUCCUCAAUGCCGGAAUGAAAAGUCUAGACUCUGCGAGACAUCCAAAGGCUUGGACCGACAUAGUGACGACGUACACUGAACUUGGACUUUCUGUGGCCUCUGACAAGCUUCCGGCUCUUGCUGCAUUAGCCGAAGAGUAUGGGAAACGAUUGUGGUUGACGAAGUACCUCGCCGGCCUAUGGGCGGAGGAUCUCCAAUGGCAGCUGAUGUGGGAAAGAGCCUCUUUCGAUUCGCCGACAACACGACCUCCUAUAUACUGUGGGCCAUCCUGGUCUUGGUGCUCGGUCGUUGGACCGAUCACCUUCCGACACGAUUACAAGAAACUGUCGGAUCUAGAGCUUCUUUGUUCGACGGAGGCUGCAUCCACAACCCCGUGUUCAGGAAACCACAUCUUCGGUCAAGUCAGCCGAGGCACAUUGAUCCUUAAAGGUCGGACGAGGGAUUUGAUUUGGCUCAAUCGACAAGAUGGGACGUGGUUCGCCCGUGUCCCUGAGAGUCGAUCUAAGAAGUUCUACGGCGUUGGCCCGCUGGGCGCUGACAGACGCUUGGAAGUCAAGCCUGAUGUCCCGAGCGAAUGGCCUCCUGACACAGAAAUCGCGCUGCGUGCCGUGGAAAUUGUCCGUUUUCGUGACCACGUGAAUGACCGCUAUGACUGGAAAUUCACACGCGCUCUGCUGCUUCACCGGGUAGAGGGCGAUGAUGUGUACCGACGUGCCGGAAUGCUUCAUGUCGAUAUUGAGACAGGCAAGGACGAAGACUGGUUUGAUGAGGGCUCCACGAUGAUGGAGGUGACCAUUGUUUGA